AUGAGAAGAAUCUUGAGUGGCAAAGCCUCGGAAAACCACGCCAAUUGGGCCGAACUUCAAUUCCCAGCAACCAACAUGUCUUCUCCAGUGGGUAUUCCUAAACAGCACAAGGCUGCAGUCUAUGACAAGCCGGGAUCUGUAUCGACCAGUGUGACACUGGUUGAUACGCCAGAGCCAGGAUUCGGGCAAGUCCUUAUUAAUUUGACUCAUUCAGGUGUCUGUCAUUCGGACUUUGGUGUCAUGACAAAUUCGUGGCGGGCGCUACCAUUCCCAACCCAGGCAGGCCAAGUUGGCGGACAUGAGGGUGUUGGCGUGGUGGUAAAACUUGGACCAGGAUGCGAUGGUUCAGAAGUCAAAGUAGGCGACCGCGUUGGUGUCAAGUGGGUUGCUGCUGUUUGUGGAACAUGCUUGCCUUGUCUUUCGGGGUCCGACGGGCUAUGCUUAAAUGGAAAGAUUUCCGGCUAUUAUAACCCCGGUACCUUUCAGCAAUACGUCCUUGGGCCCAUCGAUUACGUGACCCCAAUCCCGAUGAGUGUCCCCUCUGAGCAGGCAGCACCCAUGCUCUGUGCCGGUGUGACGGUCUAUGCAGCCCUGAAACGCAGCAAGGCGCAGCCCGGUGACUUCGUGGUAAUUUCAGGCGCGGGAGGUGGUCUUGGGCAUCUCGCAACACAGAUUGGAAGUCGUGGCCUUGGCCUGCGCAUAAUCGGCGUCGACCACGGCAGCAAAGCUGACCUUGUCAAAGAGAACGGCGCAGAAGCCUUUGUGGAUAUCACCCAGUUUCCAAAAGACGAUAAUGGUGCUGCGAUCGCUGAACACGUCAAGUCUCUGACUGGUGGCCAUGGUGCACAUGCUGUCAUUGUCUGCACGGCGUCCAACAUUGCCUAUGCGCAAGCCAUUCCUAUGCUUCGCUUUAAUGGCUCCCUGGUCUGUGUGGGCAUUCCUGAGGGCGACAUGGUGUCUAUUGCGACAGCUUGCCCGGGCCCACUUGUGUUCAAGCAGCUUUCAAUCGAGGGGUCUGCCGUUGGCAAUCGGCGAGACGCGCAUGAAGUGCUAGACUUUGUUGCCCGUGGGAUCAUAAAGCCUCACGUUCGGACUGAGAAGCUGGAGAAACUAACGGAGGUUUUCGAAGACAUGGACCGGGGCCAGCUCAAUGGGCGUGUGGUUAUUGACCUAUCUUAG